AUGAAUUGUCUUCUGAUCCCUCUCUACAUCUACCCUGCUCCAGGGGCAUGGAAGCCACUUGAAGAUGCAAUCGCCACUCACCCCAACAUUACCUUCACCAUAAUUAUCAACCCAGGCAACGGACCCGGUCCAUCCCCCCUACCCGACGCAAAUUACACAAGGGAGAUCCCCAGGUUGACCCGAUACGCCAACGCGCGCGUGCUGGGAUAUGUGGCCACGACGUAUGCCCGCCGGGACAUUUCGCUUGUGCGCCGCGAGAUCGCGACGUACGCGGCGUGGCCGACGACGAGCUCCAUCCCGGGCCUUGCAGUCCAGGGCAUCUUCUUCGAUGAAACACCGCAGCAGUUCAGUGCCGAUGCAGUCAUGUACCUGGCUGAACUUGGGGGGGUUGUGAGGACGACUUGGAAGAGUGGCUAUGUAUGUAUGAUCAUUCACAAUCCUGGAGCCAUCCCAGACUCACGCUAUCUGUCAAUGGCAGAUUGCACCAUUGUCUUCGAGGCAACAUACGAUACCUUCCUUGAACGCCACGCAGCGGGCUUGUUCGCCGCCAUUGCCAGGGAUCCUCGCGCGCAGCUGGGCGUCCUGGUGCAUUCCGUGCCUGACACCGUCCAGGGAGCGCAGCUGCACGACUUGGUUGCGCAGGUCUGUCGGGUCGCGGACCAGGUCUUCAUCACGCAUCUGGCGGUCGAUUACUAUGCAGGGUUUGGCGGGCACUGGGAGGAGGUUUUAUCAGGUACAGCUUUUGAUUAG